AUGUAACAAAAUUAAGAAAAUGCUUAGAAUCUGAUUUUAAAUUAUUGUUUAGUUGGAUUGGGAGAGAAAUUGAUUCCAAUGAUGAAAAAUUAAAGAAGUAAUGUAGAGUGGAUAUUUAAUAGGGUUGUUGACAUCAAUUUAGUUAAAUGAAAAAAAAUGUAAGACCCUUUUUAAUGAACAAAACAUAAUAUUAUAGGAAUCAUUAGAUAUCUUGGGAAAUGAGAAAUUAUUUCUACUCUGCAUUUAUAAUGAACCAAAUAAAGAUCCAAUUACUAAUAUUGCAUUUAUUAAUGUAGAAGUUAGAGAAAGUCAAAUCUAAUUUAAAUACAAAUACAGUUUAUGCCCAAUUAUGAAAUAGGCUGAUGUAAUGAAAUCAAUUCAAAUCACAGAUUGGGGUCUAAUCAAAGAUUAAGAACGCUUUGAUAUCAGUCCUUAUUUAUCUGAAUAAAAUAUAUGCUAUGUACUGUGUUAUACUAGAAAAACAGAUUAUGUUCCAAUAAUAAACUUAGUUUUGGAAGACUAUGAUCCAAAUCAUGAUUUAUAAGAUAUUGUACAAUUUAGUUCAUUUAGCAAGAAACAAUUAUCAAUAAUUAGAUGUAAACAAAUCCUUAUAUAUAUUAUUCAUAGAAAAACCACCAUUAGAAUAAACCUAUACUCCUGAAAUACUUGAUUUAUAUCCAUUUUGUUAUAAGGAAUCAUAAAAACAGAAACAUAAUUAAAAUUUAUUUAAUGACAAUCCUUCAAUUAGUAACUAUUGUAUUCCAGAAGGAAUUCAGAUUUUAUAAAAAACACCAAAUCAACUUCCAAAUCAAAAUUAGAUUACUUAUUAUUAAUUAAUGUAAUCUCCAAAAGGUGAUCUCAUAUACAUAUAUUGUUUACGUUAUUAUGAACCAUUGACUAAAAAAUAAGCAUAGAAACUUAAAUUAGACAAUUAUACCAAUCUUUUUAUUCCAAAAGUCAUGGCUAUAAUAAGUUAUUAGAACUUCUCUAGCUAAUUUUCAUCAUUAUUGACUUACUUAUAUUCCAUAAGAGAUGAUUCAUAAAUUGAAGUAACAAAUAUAAAUAUCAAUUAUUAGUAAUAUAUAGAAAGAGUUAUUUAAUAACUAAAGUAUUCUAUUAAUCUCGAAAAGAUCUCCCUUAAAUUAAUAUUAAAUGACCAAUAAUUUCUAUUUUAAAAGCAUAUCAAAUAUCCAACAUGUUAAUUAAAAUCAAUUGAAUAUGUUAUGCGUAAUAUUACUGUUGAUAAUAUAAUAUAACUGUAUACUGCUGUUUUAACAGAAAGAAAAAUUAGAUUAUGUUCAAGUUCUAUUCUAAAUCCUGGUUAUGUUAUUGAAGCUUUAAUGACCUUUAUCUAUCCUUUGUAAUAUUAAAAAUUAUUGAUUUGCUAUUUGAAUUACGACAAUUCCUAAAUUAUUGAAACUCCAGAACCAUAUAUUGUUGGCUUACUAGAAACUUUACCUUAACCAGCUUGUGAAUCUGAAGGAUAUAAAUUUAUUUUGGAUUACAAUGUGGCUUUUCAUGUUUGUCCUCCACCUGAAUUUCCUCUGUUUGAUAAAUUAAAGAAAAAGUUAGAACCUUUUUUUAAAUAAGAUAUCAAUGAAGCAAAUGCUAAUAUGAUUAAAGAGAUUUUUCUUAAGAUUAAUAUGAAAAUACUAGAUCAUGCAUUUGAUUAUGAUAUCAAAUAAAAAAAUUGGAGCAUUGCAUUUUAAAAGAGGAAACAAUCUUAAUAUCCAAUCAAAGGUCAAUUUUGGGAAAUCUUCUCAAGAACUUAACUAUUAUGUUCUUUUAUAGAUAAUAAUCAAUCUAAUCGAUAAUUAACUUCAUAUAUUACAUAUUUUAAUGCUUCUUUCUAAUAAGUCAAUGAAAAUAAUAACACCAAGAUAUUUGCAGAUAUCAAAACAAUUAAUAUAAACGAUCAAAACAAUUCAUAAAUUCAAACAAGAAAUAAAUAAUCAUUUUUCCCUUAUCUUACUCCUUACUAUUAUAUUAGAAAUAAAUAAACUGCCUUGUAAACAUAAGUCUACAGAAUUUGGUUACAAAUUAUACAUAUGACUUAGUUAGAUAGUAAAGAAUUUUAUGAAUUGGCAAUUUAUCUGAAGAAGGAAAUUCCAAUUAUUUAAGACUUCAUCUAAUAGAAGGAACAUGUAUAAUUACAUUAAUAUGAUGAUUUGAAUGACAAAUAGUUUUAAUUUUUAAAUGAAUGUCCUUAUUGUAAGAGACUAAUAUCUAUCGAAGAAAUAUUACAUAAGAUUGUGCCUACUUACUUACGUCAGACAAUCAAAUGUUCAAAAAAGAAAGGGUGUGGUAAUCAAUUUACUCCAAAAAUGACUAUUGAUGAUGUUGGAGAAUUAGAUAUACUAAAUAUUCAUUAAUUACACUUUUAAUUAGAUUAAUUGAAAGUUUUUGAUUAGAAAUUUUAUAAAACUACUGAAUUCUGGAAUUUAAUCUUUUACUUUAGAUUAUUUAAGCUUCCCAUUCCAUUUAUAAAUGAAAGUGAAGAAGCAUCAUAUUGUUUUAAAUAAAAAGAGAGUAAAUAAAAAGGAGUUAAGGUUUGUUUAAAUGACAACUUAAAAGCUCUUCAAAUAAAGAAGGUAGUGUAAACUAAAUAAAUUAUAUACGGAGAAAGUGCUUCGAGAAAAUGA